ACGCGGAAGUAGGAGUGAACACAAUACAUCAGGCCACAACCAGUUGCAGCAAAAGAUCUUUGAUCAUCCAGUUGAAAAUAGUACGUCAUUGUGUGUGAGCAUUUCCGACGUCAAACCAAGUAAAAGAGAGAGAGGUAAUCGCUUCUCGUAAGAAAGGGGACCUAGAGUAUGAGAUCAUCGCACAUAGUCUGUCUAUUACUCGGAGCAGUCAUCAAGUAUGCAUUUGUUGAGCAAGAAUACAUAUGCGGUGUAGGACCUCACAAUUACAGCAUCGACUCUCCAAACUUUACAAUCUACCAGCUAGUAGAAAGACGCGUUAAUCUAACUAUUCCAUUGGCGGGCAACGAAUCAGAGUCAUUUAGAUGGGGUUUCUACGAAGGAAAUUCUAAAUUAGAACAUCAAACAUUACAAGUGCUGCGUAAGAAAGGAAUUAUUGAAACAAUAAAAUGGAAUGCUAGUGUACUUCUACAAAACUCGAGUUACAACGGAAUUCAAAUCAAUAGCAUUCAAGUUGCAAAUAAUAAGAUUAGUCAAGGCAAGCGUGUUACAGUUAACACUGGCGACUUUCCUGCUGUUGACCUAGUAAAUGCAACCAUUUGUAACAACAGCAUUUCUGUGUGCGUCAAUAUCACUGGCACUCCGCCUCCUUCUACUACAAUACAGACUCUAGAAGACGUCAGUAUGGCAGCCAAAAUUCAAACUCAGUUUUGUUCUACAUUUGACAAACCUAACAUCAUGAACAUUCUAAUUGUCUUCAUUACUGCUUCCAAUUGCUUUGGAAGUACUACUGCAAAUGCAUCCAUCAGUUUUAUAAAUGAUAUUUCUCGUUGCAAUUUUACGACUUGUUCAUCUCUUGAAAGUUCCAUAGAUCCUCAGCAGCUUGCUAGUACAGCAAGUGCAAUUUCGUGCAUCUUUACGUCUGUCACUCAAAAUCAGUCUGUUUCUUUGAGACCUACCACUGAUUUAACAGACUACCUUACAAAUACAUCGAACAAACAAACAAGUCCCACUGCAUCACAUAAACAAACAAGUACUUCUACAUCGGACAGACAAACAAGUCCAACUCCAUCAGAUAGACCAACAAGUUCUCUUACGUCAAACAUGAAAGCAAGUUCAACUACAUCAGAUAUGCAAACAAGUCCAACUAUAGAAAAUCCACAAAAAAUAAGUCAGUCGACAACUGACCAACAGAGAGUGAGUCUAACUACAGAAUAUCGUAAGUUAGCUACUCGUCCUGUAGCAACAGGUAACAUGUAACAAUAUUAUACAUCAUACUAAUAUCACAAAAACCUUAUUCCGUGUAACACGUACUUUUAACACAGAAACGUUUCAUCCACCUCAGAAGGAUUCUGGCUCUCAAGGUUCUAAUCUUGCAGCGUACUGUUAACAAAUUCUAAAUAUUGUAUAUUAUGUAUCAAUAAGAAUUCUUGUAUACAGUAUUGCUUCAGCAUGUGUUGGUGCACUAGUUUUGAUCGUCGUGGUCGUCAUCAUUAUUGUUUGCUGCAAACGAAUAUCAGAUCGCAAAAAAACACUAAACUCAAACCUUCAAACAACUGAACACAUUUAUGCAAACAGGGUCGAUUUAUCAAAUGUCAAUUUACAAUCUGUACACGACACUGCAAACGAGGUCUACGAAAGUGCUGAAUUCGAAUUUUCCAACGCACGUGCAGCUCGCGAGAAAGGAGUGGCAGCAGAUCAUGACGAACACAACGAUGUAUACGAGACGGCAAUGCAGAACAAUACAGCUUACGGAACUACUUGAUUUAGCAUGCAUUCAGCCACGGUACAAGCGCACGCUACCUAUUGAUAAAACACUUUUGCAUGGAUGAGCGAAUGCGCUGAUUUGCUGUAAACGAAGUCAUUAAUGUUAUAAGCAAACGCUAUGGUACAAAAUCAAUGGCAGCGUGCCUAUACACGCACAAUA